AUGGUGGUCUACAGACAUGGGAGAUGUAGCUGCGUUUGUGCCCUUGAGCAGCCUCUAGUGGUAUAUUACGAACUACAACGCGCUAGGACAAGUGGGAUUUACGCAUCAACGAGCGACCUGUCUGCUUUUGCACGCUCGGUUCUCAAAAGUACUCCUCUCUCUCCGGAAGAGACAAGGGCCUGGCUCAAACCCCUAGCACACACAUCAAACUCCAAAUUCUCAAUUGGUGCACCUGAUGGAAGGAUCGUCGAUCUCUAUACGAAAGAUGGUUCUAUCUUGUCCUCCUACUCCAAGGUCGUACUGGUUCCAGAUUUCGGCGUCACCCUUGCCAUCAACGUUACUGGCGAUGGUGCUGGCACCGUUAUAAAGCUCCUUUCUGAGUUGCUGGUAUCCGAAUACGUCCCAGUUCUGGAGACAAUUUCGAGAAAGCCGACGUUCCAGCAGUUUGGAGGCUUUUAUGUCUCUUCCGAAACCAACUCUUUUAUGAGGAUCGAUGUCGACGAUAGACCUAGAUUGACCAUCACUUCAUGGGUUAACAGUGGCGUUGAUGUCUUGCUCGAGACCAUCCCGAGCAUCUAUGGCUCCCCUCUAUUCGGACCUCCAAGGAUGUAUCCCACCAACCUCCAGAACUCAUCGAACAAAACAUUGUCAACAAGCUAUCGAGUUAUCUUUGCAUUAGAGAGUCAGGACGAUGGGCUGCAAAUACUCAGCGAUGCAUGUAAUGAUUGGGGUCUGUUAGACUCCCUCUCAUAUGGAAAGGUUGGGUUGGAUGAUGUAGUGUUUACAGUUAAGGAUAAUGGGGAGGGUGUUCAAGUGGAGUUGAGGAAUUUCAGAAAGAAACUACAGAGACAGCAGAGCAGGUGA